UAAGCCAGAAAAGAUGGAAGCUGUUUGCUUUGUUUUACUAAGGUAAACCCAAGUGAAAUUUCGAGUAGCGAGGGUGACCACUGUUCCCAGUAGUUGUGCUUUAAAGUGGUUAACAGCCGAAGGUUUGUGGUAGAAAGCGGUUGUAGUCGGUGUUAAUACACCGUUUGCCCGCUAUUAUCAUGGCUAAUAGGCGUUGGCUUGUAUGUUUUAUUGGUUAUUUUAUGUUGGUUGCACUCUCAAAUGCGCAAGACAUAGGUUUACUAGGUGAAGAAGGUGGUACUUGUCCAGAAGUUCCAGUAAGAGAGUGUCCCCCUAAACCAGUUCAAGAAAUCUGUUUGAUUGAUGCAGAUUGCCCAGAAAGGGAGCAGAAGUGUUGUUCCGAUGGUUGUAAAUUGGUAUGCAUGAAAGUAAAUGCUACUGUUAAAAAAGAAGUUUGUGCUGUCCCGGUGGAUCUGGGUUUUGUCAUUGAUGCUUCUGGAAGUAUUGGAGCUGUUAACUUUCAAAAAAUUCUGCAGUUUGUUGCACAGAUUGUUGAUGCAUUUGAUAUUAGGGAGAAUGGAACCCGUGUUGGUGUCAUUUAUUACUCAGAUGAUGCCAAAAUUGCUUUCGACUUUAAUAAAUUUAAAGGUGAUCAGCUUAACAAAGAAAAUGUGGUGAAAGAGAUAAACAAGAUUUCAGUAACAGAAGGUCAAACAAGAAUUGAUUUAGCCCUUCGAUUAGCAAAGAAAAGCUUGUUCAGCUUAGAAGGAGGAAUGCGCCCUGAUAAACCAAAGAUUGCAUUGGUUAUGACAGAUGGUCGUCAAACAAAAGGCCUUGAUGCUCCAGAUGCAGAGGAUUUACACAUUGCAUCCCGACCUCUCAAAGAUCUAGGUGUUCAGGUGUAUUCACUUGGUAUUGGUAAUGAUUAUGAUAUUGGUGAAUUGCUUGAUAUUGCAUCUGACGAUGCUAGUGUCUUUCGUUCCACUGAUGUUGACGAACUUGUCAGCAUUGUUGCAAGUAUAACAGAGCAAACAUGUAAAGGCUGCACAAAUCCCCUUGAUAUCCACUUUGCUCUUGACUCAUCUGCUAACGUUGGUGAAGAAAACUUCGAAAUGAUGAAAAAUUUCAUUAAAGCAGUUGGCUACAAGUUUAUCAUAUCAGAGAAAGGAUCUCAUAUAUCAGCCUCAGUGUUUGGUGAUGAGGCUACUCUAGUUUUUAACAUGUCAAAGGCUACAUCACAAGACGAUUUUAUUACUGAAGCAGACACAAUUCCGUACCUUGGAGAAGGAGGAACAAGUAUCGACAAAGUACUUAGACUUGCUCAAAAUGAAGUAUUUACAUUGGAAGGUUUUUCACGACAAAAUGUGGCCAAAGUGUUUGUGUUACUCACUGGUAGUAAUUGUGAUACAUGCAAAGAAAAAUUAGAGGAGGCUGUCAAGCCACUUAAAGCAGCUGGGGUACAUUUAAUUAUUAUUCCAAUAGGAACCAGAAUAAACCUGAAUGAACUUCAAACCAUUUCAUCUUUGCCAUCCAGCCAAUUUGUGAUUCCGCAGCAGUCAUUUUCAGAACUGUUAAAUGGUAUUUUUAUUCAAAGAGUUUCGGAAAUGAUAUGUUCUGGUAAACCAGGUGUAUGUGUUGAGCCACCAAUUCCAAAAAAUUGUGAGAAAAUUGCAUACAACUGUGAUGUUGAUGUUGAUUGUCCAUCAGGAAAGAAAUGUUGUCUCAAGGGAUGUGAGCAAAAGUGUGAAGCACCGGUCACAGCAUGCAUCGCACCACUUGAUUUGGCGUUUGCAUUUGAGACAACACAAGAUGGAGAAGCUGAUUUUGAAAAAAUGAAACUCUUUGCCUCAGACCUUUUAGAUCAUUUUAAGAUUAAAAGUUCUGGAACUCAUGUCAGUCUCUCAACAUUUAGUGACAAACCAAAUAGAGUUUCCAAGUUCUCAUCAUCAUAUAAUGCUGAAGUUAUAAAAUCUCAAAUAAAAGGUUUAAAGAGUGAUGGUGGAUCUAAAAGCAAUAUAGGCACACUUCUAGGAUAUGCUGGAAAGGAGGUUUAUAAUAUUCAAAGUGGAGCAAGACAGUCUCAACCUCGUGUUUUGGUUAUUUUUACUAAAGGGAAAUUCCCUCAGGAACAGGAAGUGUUUGCACUAGAAGAAGCUCGCAAGUUGAAAGAAGAAGGACAAGAUGUACAAAUAAUUGUAGUAAAUAUGGGACAAUCACUACAAAAAGAAUUGUUAGAAAAUAUAGUAUCAAAACCCAGUUCUGCUAAACUGAUUACCAUUGAAUCAGAUGAUGACUUAAUCAGUAGCGAGAAAAAACAGAAUAUUGCAGAACAGGUUUGCUCUGCUAAAACUAGGAAGAGAGAAUGUAAAGAAAAGUUUUUCGAAGUAUGUAGUGUAAGGGAUAAUCUCUGCGAAAGUGAUUUUGAUUGUCCUGGUUUUGAAGAAUGUGCAAGCGAUGGCUGUCGUCUUCGCUGCACAUACUGUGGAAAAAGAUGUGAUGACAAACUGGAUAUUUUAUUAAUGUUUGACGAUUCAGCAAAAGUUGGUGCAGAAGCGUUCCAAAAGACUAAAAACUUUGCAAAAACAAUGAUGGAAUGGUUUAAUAUCAACCAAAAUGGUACAAAUGUUGCUGUGAUGACUUACAGUGACAAGGCAAAAGUUCACAUGCCUUUGCCACUUCCUGGAACAAAUGAUCCACCUCAGACGUUGUUUGAUAUCCAAGGCUCUUUGGAUUCAGUACCUUACACUGGUGGCAGCACUUCAAAGUUGGAUGUUGCCUUAGGAACUGCAGCUGCACAAGUCUUCCCAUCAUCUGGUAAAAAACGAGCAAAAAGGGCUGUUAUUAUUUUCAGUGACGGAAAGGAUGAUUCGUCAUCACGUUUAGAAGUAGCAUCGUGGCCGUUAAGAAGUCAAAGACAAGAUGGCGACUCAAGCUACAGUGCAGUUCGAAUCAUGGCUGUCACUGUCGGUGAUCAAAUCAACGUUGACGCCCUCGAGAAAGUUGUAACACCACCUCUCAAUGAUAACGUUUUUGUUGCAGCUGGAUUUGACGAUAUGUAUAAUGCAAUGAGAAAAUUAGCUGAAGAAUCAUGCAUUCCAUUGGCAGGUAAUCUAAAGCCACCAAAUAUUACUCGACCUGGUCCUCCAGGGCCACCCGGUCCACCGGGUGAAAAGGGUGAGAAAGGGAUGUCUGGUCCUGAUGGCAAGCCAGGAAAAAUUGGGAAAAAAGGAGAACCUGGCAUGAAGGGUGAGAAAGGUAUGGACGGUGACAAAGGACCUCCUGGAGGGUUUGGUGAUGGACCAGAUGGGUCAAAUACUAAAGGACCAGACCCAGAAGCAGGAGCAGUUGGUGUAAUUGAAGGCGAAGCUGUACCAGGUCCAGGAAAUAUAAUUUAUGAUAUGCGAAAGGGUCCAGUGGGACCUCCCGGUGCAUCUGGUGACGUUGGAAGUGCAGGAGAUCCUGGUGAUGAUGGAAAACCUGGAAAACCUGGACGUGAUGGCCCUGCUGGGCCGAGAGGAUUUUUUGGUAAUCCUGGUCAAAAAGGAGAAUCCGGAACGGAUGGAACACCAGGUGCCCCUGGAGAGCAAGGACCGCAGGGAGAGCUAGGCAGGCCAGGCCAACCUGGUGGCCGUGGUAUCCCUGGCCCACAAGGACCGUUUGGAUGGAAAGGACAGCAAGGAAUCGGCGGUGGUGAAGGUGAUGUCGGUGAUAAAGGAAAAAAAGGACCAAAGGGAUAUUCUGGCGAAAAAGGUGCCCGAGGAGAUCUAGGACCAUCUGGAUACCCUGGCGAAGAAGGUCCAGAGGGUCCAGUUGGUCCACCAGGACAGAGAGGUUUACCUGGUCCUGAUGGAAAAGAGGGACAAUUUGGACCAAAUGGACCAAUUGGGGCAAAAGGUCAGCCCGGACCGAGGGGAAAUCGUGGUGCUAAAGGAGAAUCUGGAUCAAUGGGAGGAAGGGGUGUUAAAGGAGGUGUUGGAGAUGAAGGUCCACAAGGAGAGCAAGGGCCAAUUGGUGGGCCUGGUGCCCCUGGAGAAGAUGGAAAAGCGGGACAAACUGGUCCAGAUGGACCCCCAGGUUUGCCUGGACAAGUGGGUCCUUUAGGUCCUGCAGGCCAAAGAGGAGAGAUUGGUCCUGCCGGUGGUGAUGGUCCACCUGGUUUACUUGGACCAAAAGGUGCUAGAGGUGAGAAUGGAAGACGGGGUGUUUCUGGUGUCAAAGGAGAAACAGGUGAUCAAGGUGAACCCGGAUUAAAGGGUCCGUUAGGUCAACAAGGAACGCAAGGAAAGACUGGAUCAGCUGGACCUAGAGGCAGACCAGGUGUGGCCGGGGGCCAGGGAAGACAAGGUCAACCUGGAGAUCCGGGACAGACUGGUCGUGUUGGUGCAAAAGGUAAUCAAGGUUUGCCUGGUAAACAAGGACCAUUAGGAAAUCCAGGUUCCAGGGGAUAUACUGGUUUAUCAGGGGCCAAAGGCUUUCCUGGUGAUUCUGGAAGCGUUGGUAAACCAGGUGUAGCUGGACGAGACGGUAAACAUGGACAAACGGGACUUAGUGGAAAAGAUGGUGAUAAAGGAGUACAAGGAGCUCAGGGUUUGCAAGGGUUACCUGGUCCUGUGGGUGCUGGUGGUGCAAAUGGUGAGCCAGGUGAAACAGGUGAUUCAGGACAGAAAGGUGCAGAUGGAGCAAAAGGAUUCCCGGGUGAGUCUGGAGCACGAGGAGCGCCUGGUGUGGUUGGACAGCCUGGUGAAACCGGUGCAAUUGGACCAGCAGGAGAACCUGGCUCUCCUGGAGCACCUGGAAUCCAAGGUUCAGCCGGACCAAGGGGAGAAACUGGUUUAAUUGGACUUGACGGUUUGAUAGGAGCAAAGGGGUCAGCAGGACGACCUGGGAACCCUGGCCAAAAUGGCGAUCAAGGUGCUCCUGGCACAGCUGGUUUGCCAGGGACUCCAGGGGUGCGUGGAAAGCCCGGUGAGCGUGGUGAUCCCGGAACUGAUGGCGGACAAGGAGAUACGGGUGUACCUGGCACACCUGGUUUAACUGGUAUGCGGGGAAGUCAGGGUCCAAAUGGACCGACAGGACCACCGGGGAAUCAAGGUCGAAAAGGAGCAAGGGGGCUGCCAGGAAUUAAUGGAAAAAAGGGACAAGAUGGAAAUGCUGGGUCUAGAGGCCCAACUGGUUUAACUGGAGCUCGAGGUUUACCUGGUACCAGAGGAGCUAUAGGUCCUGAUGGUAAUCCUGGACUUGAUGGCAAUCCAGGCCCUGUUGGUGAAGUUGGAAAAACUGGAAAACCUGGAGUUCCUGGGUUACCAGGACCUUCUGGACUUAGGGGGCCAAACGGACCUCCUGGACCACGUGGUGUUAAAGGACCAGUUGGUGAUCGGGGUGAUUCUGGAGAGGUUGGACCUGAUGGAGAUGCCGGUGUUGCUGGUCAAACAGGUUUAGCCGGAAGGCGUGGAGAAAAAGGAUUAACUGGAGAUAUUGGUCCAAUUGGUGAAGUAGGCGCAAUGGGUAUGCCUGGCGUGCAAGGACCAGCUGGACCCAUUGGUCCGGAUGGUCCUCUUGGACCACCUGGUGUUGCUGGCAAAACUGGAAACAAGGGACCAUUAGGUGAACCUGGAGAUCCUGGAAAACCAGGUACACCUGGUGAACAGGGACCACCUGGAAAAGAUGGUACGGAUGGUAAUCCUGGAACCCCAGGAAAACAAGGUGUUCAAGGUCUCGUUGGACCAAUUGGCCCCCAGGGACCUCCUGGUCAGCAAGGUGUGCGUGGUAGACCUGGAAAAAAAGGAAGAACUGGUGAAGAUGGUCUAAAGGGUUUUCCUGGUCCUAAUGGACACCCAGGCCUUGCAGGAAAGCGAGGGACAAGAGGAAAAGAAGGUCCUGCGGGAACUGAAGGUCUAGCUGGAAGAAAUGGUCGAGACGGAAAACCAGGUAAUAAUGGGGCAGAUGGAUCACUUGGAGCACAAGGACCUAAAGGAGAAUUAGGUGACCGCGGGGAUAAUGGAGCACAAGGAGGGUUUGGAGAUAUUGGUGACACAGGAGGACCUGGACCAGAAGGACCUACUGGUUUUGUGGGACUAACAGGAGCAAAUGGUAAUUCCGGAAAACAAGGAAAACGAGGUGGAAGAGGCGACCGUGGUGACAAAGGUCCUAAUGGGAAAAAAGGCAUCACUGGAAGAGAUGGAUCAAAAGGCCGCAAAGGUACUAUGGGCAGAUAUGGCAUGCAGGGCCCACCUGGUGACACAGGGGAAAAGGGUGAUGACGGCCCUGAUGGACCGAUGGGAUAUAGCGGUCCACAGGGUAAUUCGGGCGAAACAGGCCCAGAUGGUAAAGAAGGAGUUACUGGUGAAAAGGGUCUAACAGGAAAUGAUGGACCUAGAGGAGCUAUGGGCAGAACUGGAUUGCCAGGAGACUCAGGUAAACCCGGUACGGCUGGACCAGCCGGUCCUCCCGGACCAUCAGGACCUCCAGGAGAUGUGUCUGGCGCUUUAGCUGGAAAUUUCUGGGAUUACAUCAACGCUGGUGGCGGUCAGAAGGGACCACCAGGUGGCAGGUCAUCCAGAAAACGACGUUCAGUUGAUGACAAAGAAUUUGAUCAAAAUGACAUCCCAACUGUUUUAAAAAAGCACUAUGAAGUGUUAAAAAAUUUCGACAACUUAUGGAAUACAGUUAUUAACGAUAUUGUGGUGAAAAAGAAAUUGGGGAGCAGAUCAAAUCCAGCGAUAACUUGUGCUGAAUUAUUCCGCACCAAUCCGGAUAAAACAACCAGUGACUAUUGGAUUGAUCCGAAUGAAGGAUCGCCUGAUGAUGCUAUCCUCGUACAUUGCAACGCAACCAACUUUGAAACGUGUAUAUAUCCAAGACUAUCUGUGUUCGACAAAAGCGACUGGUAUAGUGGCAACGAUCGUUACAUGUGGGCGUAUAAAGAUUUAAUUGCAGAAAAAGAAGGCAUUCUGUAUGCUAGCGACGUCGUGCAACUAAAAAUGAUGCGUCUUCUAAGCACACGUUGCCGACAAAAUAUCACAUACCACUGCAAGAACUCUCACAGUGACAUACGUGUAAAGACGGAUAAUAACAGAGUGAUGGAUGUUAAGAAAGCAUCCACACUCCAUACACUAAUCAUCAAAGACGAAUGCAUGGUCAAAGAUGGUGAAUGGCACGAGAGUGUGUUUGAGAUGAGUUCCAGAAAAUUAGAGUACUUUCCUCUUCAAGACGUAGCCGUAAAAGAUAUCGGUGACAAGGGUGAAGAGUUUGGUAUGGAGAUUGGCCCGGUGUGUUUUACAUAGAUCAGACCUUUAUAAGAUCACCGGUUUUUUUUUCUGUGUAUAUGGUGGUAAAUAAGUAUAUAAUUGAUUCAAUAUGUGUUUUUUAUGAACUUCCUCGGCUUUAUUGGCCUACUAUUAUGAAUUUUCAAAAAGUAAGCAAACAAACUUUUAAGCGUUUUAAGUUUUCAUUUACUCUCUAUAUUACUGCUACCAUAUUGCUGCCACUACUCGAAAAAAAACAAUGAACAAUGCUGUGUUUUGUUUACCAGUUCAAGCGAAGUGUAAUAGGAAGUUAGAGAUGUUUUCUUGCAAAGUCCACUGUGAAACAUUACCAAUCUUAAAAACAAGUUACAAAUUUAGUUAUCCGAAUAAGAAGAAUUUGCAUUUGCAUUUUCUCUUUUACUUGUUUGUUUACUUAUUUGUUUGUUUGUUUGUUUUCUCGUUGUUUGUGUGUUACAGAGCUCGUUAUUGUAUACAAAAAUUGUUUUUAUAGUUUUUUAGAAUGGUAUUUAUUGAAAUAUAAAUAUUGUUUUUUUUAAAAUAAAUUGGAAGUUCCUACCAAA